AUGCACUACUUCCGAGGACUUUCUCUCGCAGGUUGGGGAGGACAGCUACUUCUGCUGGUUGCUGAGGUGAUGACAUUGGUUCAGUGCUUUUGCAACACGCCUGCCACGGAGCUCUUUGAACGAUGCCCAGAGGUGCUGCAGGUUGGGGAGUCCUGUCCACCCUCAUGCCCAGAGGGCUUGAAUGCCAAAGCCCGGGUGAGCUGCCAGGAUGGUCUACUCCUUGUGCCCAGUUGCCUUGAAAUCAACACGUCCACAACGAGUAGCACAACCAGCAGCGCCACCACAUCGAGCAGCUCUACAAGCACCACAACGGCCACUAGCACAGUAAGCACAUACACUGCAACAAGCAGCACCAGUACCAGCGAAACAGCAACAGCCAGAAGUACAAGCAUCAGCACCAGUAGCAGCAGUAGCAGCAGUAGCAGCUCCAGCAGCUCCAGUGCUGAGAUUGGUACUACCAAUCUCAGCAGCACAGCUAGCGAAGCUAGUGAAUCUGGCAACACUAGCAAUGCUACAAUGACAUUUACAUCAACAACUCAGUUCGACAUUGCUCCGACCACCAGGCUUGACCGUUGUGUCAUUGCCUCAAUGCUGUGGACGUCAUGCCCCAGGUACAUGCUACACAUGGAGCGCUGUGAUGCUAAAUGCGAAUCUCCGUUGACAUCAGUUGGUCACUUCACCUGUUUGGCUGGGCGAUUCUUUGGCAGCUCUGGCUGCCUGGAACCAUCGGAGGCCACCAAGUUGGCUUGGCGCGGGCUGCUGCUUGCAGGAGCCUUGCGCUUUGGCUUCAACAGCCUUCGACAAUGGAGUGAAGAUGAGCUCCUUGACAAUCUGAGGCGCGUGUUGGCCGUCUGCAUGGGCGUUUCCGGCCGCAGCAUUCGGCGGCUGAGAGCUGCCGAGCUCCUGUUGAAUAAUGAAACCGGCGAGGUUAUCAGCUCUGAAGUAGAGCUUGAGUUCGAGGUGUCCUUGGGAAGUGAGCUGCUGAAUGAGACGGAGGUCUCAGCUUCCAUUGUAGAUUUGGAAGACGCGUCGAGUCCUGUUUCCCUGCUCUUUCACAACAUGCUGAAGGGAUACUUCGACAUUCAAGUCACGUGGCUUCAGCUGGUCAUGCUGCCCAUGACCUAUUCCGGUAGCUUGCUGAACUUCACCGCCCCCAGUACCAGUGUUGCUUCUGCAGCAAUAGAUCACCAGGAUCCAGAUGGUACAGCUACCAGCGUGGUGUCAGGCCUGGUCCUGUCCAUGGCAGUGGUACCAGUUGUGGCUGCAUGGGUUCGCCUGGUCUUGGCCGAGCAAAAUGCCCGAGAAGACUUGGCAGGUGCCCCUGAGCUGCGAAAAAAUGGUCGCCCCAAGCGGAAAUCGAAGAGCCGCUCGCCGAUCUCGCCGGGCCAAGAUGGGAAUGACAAAGCUGGUGCCUGGGCACUGCGCAAUUUCACUGCUCCGCUAUGUUUUGGCUUCGCUUCAGUGGGAAAGGUGCAAUCGCAGUUGGCGUCGUUGGUGGAGGAUGCUACAAGGCUUGAAUCGCAGCUGCAUCGUCGAGCAAGACCAGGACAGAGCCUGGAGGAACUAAAGCCAGACAAAGGAAGUCUACCUGUCUUCCAAGAGUGGCUACAGACGGAGCUGCACGCGUUGGAAGAACGCUUGCGGGCUGGACUGGUAGAUGAUCUGCGACCUCUUUUGAGGCAGUGGACACCCCAACACCAUGCAGAUCUCAAUCAGGAGCUACCAGGACCCGCUAGGUUGCGUCAGUCUCCUCCAGCACCAGACUCUCCACCAGCGCGGUUGUUUGAGGAGGGAAAAGAAUCAGCAUUAGAUUUGCUGCCUGGCACCGUGAGAGAUGAAUCAUCAAAUCCAAGGACCAGGAAAAACCUGCAGUUUGCUGGAGACGAUGGUGAGGAUGUGGUGGCACGCAACAGACCUGCCGAGAUCCACGUAGGCCUUCCACCCACAACUGCCACAGCUGGUGGACAAAUGUGCCCAGUCGUGCCGGAGAAAGCGGGUGGCAUUCCCAGGUCGCCGCAGCAAAGAAAAACCGAGGUCAUUCCGCAGCCCUGGGAGACGCCGUUUGGGAAUCUCAGAGAGUUCGUUCGUGGAUUUUUUGUGGAGAACACCUGUUUCGGCUAUGUGAUUAUCUCCUUCAUCGCCUUGAACUCUUUGAUGAUGGGCAUCCAAGCAGACUGGAUGGUGACACACAUCGGUGAAGAAGCUCCGGUGGUUUUUGAUGUGCUCGAAUACAUCUUCGCAGUGGUUUUCACUUGGGAGCUACUGAUGCGGAUCUUUGUCUACAACAUCUCCUUUUUGAGGAUGCCAGAUUGGAAGUGGAAUAUCUUUGACUCCGUGGUAGUUUUCUUGCAAGUCUUUGACAUUAUCACGACCUUAGCCAUAGGUGGCAACAAUGGAGGCAAUCUGAACUUCAUGAGGUUGGUGCGGCUCAUGAGAUUGCUCCGAAUCUUGCGACUGAUGCGUGUCCUGAGAUUUGUACAGGAGCUUCGAUCAAUGGUGAUGUCCAUCGCAGCCUCUUUGAGGUCUCUGAUGUGGACCAUCAUUCUUCUUGCAUUCUUGAUGUACGGUGUUGGAGUAUGCCUGAUUCAGUUGAUUGCUGACAAGGGCUUGGAGGACCCUCGAAUCAUGGAGAACGCACCAGAGAUCAAACUAUACUAUGGCUCACUCGUUGAAGCUUUAGUCUCCUUAUUCGCGGGAAUCACAGGAGGAAUUGAUUGGAACGACUUGUUGGUACCUCUUGAGAGUCAGAUUGGUCCAUGGCUCGCUGCGGUCUUCGUCCUCUACAUUGCUUUCGCGGUGCUGGCCAUGAUGAAUGUAGUCACAGGAAUUUUCGUUGAGUCGGCUUUGCAAUCAACGCGAGCAGAUGAGGAAAAGGAGGUAAGACAGCAGCUUCAAGAGCUUUUCUCGAAUGUUGACGCUGGCCAUGACGGACUUGUUUGCUGGGAGGAGUUUGUUCAGCAUUUGGAGAAGCCGGACAUGAUGAGAUGCUUUGAAAGCUUGGGGUUCAACAUCAAUGAGGCCUACGGACUCUUCAAUUUGCUGGAUACAGAACAGUCUGGCAACAUCGAGUGCGAGGAGUUGUUGGAAGGUUGUCUGCGUUUGCGCGGCCCCGCCAACGCAAUCGAUGUGGCAACAUUGCAGUAUUCCUCCAAGCGUGUCUUCGAGUGGUGGAGAGGUAAGAUGCAUAUCAUGGAAGAACUCCUUCUGUGUAUCUUCGGAAUCCUUGACACCGUGCCUGGCAAAGAUGCAGAUGAGAGGGAACAUCUGAAAGCCAUGAUCGAAAAGGUCUGCGGCGCCUUGAAACUGCCGCGCUGUGAGCCAAAGGCUCCAGCGAAGCAGACGGUGCUCUCGGCGCAACCCACAGAUCCACCAGCCUUGUUGCCGCUGUCUGCUUUCUCCUUGCCAUGCAUGGCGAACAGAUCGCCUGAGGGUGGAUGGCGGCCUGUGGCACGACAGCGCGCGGCACAUGACCUGUGGAGACAUGCGGUUUUCAAGGGCAUCUUCCUACCUCUCUUGGCAGCCUUGCUCCUGCAACGAUUGCGGUUGCUUGCAAAUGCGGGCAGAAUUGACAAUCAGGGAAUGGUAGAAGCCAAUUCUUCCAUAAUCGUUCGUCCUGGUGAAGAUGCUCCAGGGAACUUCACGGCCCGAUUUCUGGGGAACCGACCUUUAGAGGCUUCUUCCGAACCAUUUCGUGUUGUAGAGCUGCAGGAGGACAAGAGGCCUUGGCACGUUCUCCGAGUCUUAGUUCCUCUUUCUCAGGAAGUGGCAGCCUGGUGGAAUAGCACGGAGGAUUUUAUGAUCAGGGUUUUUCCUUGUCAGCCUCCAUCAGAAGGCAACGACUCCCACACGGAGUGCAUGCACUUGGAGGUGAAGGCAGCGAAACCUUUUCACUACCAGGGUCGAAGUGUACAAGCGAUUCAGACAGAAAUCUUUCUUCCCAGGGGUACGAUUGUAAAGGACUGUCGCUUCGCUUGGGUACAGAUCGGCGCAUCACUGCCUGAGAUGGAUGCGACACUGAGAGCCCUUCAUCUCACCUGUCCAGUAAGACGCUGA